AAGUUUGUCAAUUUGCAGGAAAAAAGUGGAGUGAAAUUGUAGGUAAUGAUAAAAAACUUAAUCUCAUCAUUAUUUUAUGCACAUAUUUUUUAAGUUCUUAUAUUUUAGCCCGCACAGCUCGAAAAGACUUACAAAAAGAAGCGCAAAAUUAU